CUUAUUGUUUCUAAAUCAGCAGAGGAAUCCUUGCAGGAUGAAGCUGGUUCAUUUAGUGAACAUUAAACGAGUGUUUCGCAGGCUCAGGAAUAAUCUGAGGAGACAUAAGCAUGUCAGUAUCACAGAGAACAUGUCAGGAAACAGUCUGGUAUUACCCAUAGUUCUGUGGGGCCGCAAUGCGCCCACUCACUGCAUCUCCAGCCUGCUGGUGAUGGACGAUCUGGCCACCAUCAUCACCGGCUGCCAUGAUGGACAGAUCUGCAUCUGGGACAUGACCCCAGAGCUGGAGAUCAAUCCUCGCGCUCUGCUGUUCGGACACACGGCUUCUGUCACCUGUCUGUCCAAGGCCAGCGCAGGAAGUGACAAACAAUACCUCGUCAGCGCCUCCGAAAGCGGGGAAAUGUGUUUAUGGGACGUCAAUGAUGGACGCUGUAUUGAGUUCACCAAACUGGCCUGUGCACACACCGGAAUACAGUUUUAUCAGUUCACCAUCGGCACACAGAGGGAGGGCCGUCUUCUGUGUCAUGGGCAUUACCCAGAAAUCCUUGUAGUGGACGCUACCAGUCUGGAGGUCCUUUACUCGCUCGUGUCCAAGAUUUCGCCUGACUGGAUCAGUUCCAUGAGCAUCAUUCGCUCGCAUCGCACGCAAGAGGACACAGUGGUGGCUGUGUCUGUCACUGGGAUUCUUAAGGUGUGGAUCAUCACCGCUGACGUCAGCAGGAUGCAGGAUCUGGACCCUGUUUUUGAGGAAGAGUCGAAGCCCAUCUACUGUCAGGGCUGCCAGAGCAUCUCGUUCUGCACGUUCACACAGCUCUCGCUGCUGGUGGUGUGUUCGAAGUACUGGAGGGUGUUGGAUGCAGGGGAUUUCUCCCUGCUGUGUUCGGUCCCGAGCGAGAACAAUCAGUCGUGGGUCGGAGGAGAAUUCAUCGCUGCUGAUAAAGUCAUAAUCUGGACCGAAGAUGGUUGCAGCUACAUUUACAAACUACCGGCCAGCUGUCUCCCAGCGAGCGAACACUUCCGCAGCAAUGUGGGGAAGAAGACGGAGGGUUCGAUCCCUCCUCUGGUGUACAGCAUAGCGGACCGCGCCGACAAACAGCUCCUGAUUUGUCCUCCCGUGACGCGCUUCUUCUUCGGACGGAGAGAGCCGUUCCACAAACUGCUGAUCCAGGGCGACUCUGCGGGGCGACUGACGGUGUGGAGCAUCCCAGAGGCGUCACCCUUACAGCCGCUGUCCUCCGCCACAGAGCUGCAGGAGUCGGUCAGCAUCAGUCUGCAGGAGGCCUUUGAUAAGUUAAUGCCGUCUCCAGCCGGCAUCAUUGACCAGCUGAGCGUCCUGUCUGGCUCUAACGAGCCCAUUAAGGUGACGGCGAGCGUCUACAUCCCGUCUCAGGGCCGACUGGUGUGCGGACGAGAAGACGGCAGCAUCGUACUCGUUCCUGCUACACAGACGGCCAUCGUUCAGCUGCUGCAGGGAGAACACAUGCUGCGCAGGGGCUGGCCUCCUCAUCGCACUCUCAGAGGUCACAGGCACAAGGUGACGUGUCUGCUGUACCCACACCAGGUCUCUCCGCGCUAUGAUCAGCGCUCGCUGGUCUCCGGCGGCGUCGACUUCUCCGUCAUCAUCUGGGACAUCUUCACCGGCGAGAUGAAGCACAUCUUCUGCGUUCACGGAGGAGAAAUCACACAGCUGAUCGUGCCUCCAGAAAACUGCAGCACGCGCGUGCAGCACUGCGUGUGUUCGGUGGCCAGCGAUCACUCCGUCGGUCUGCUGAGUCUGAGGGAGAGGAAGUGCAUCAUGCUGGCCUCCAGACAUCUCUUCCCCAUCCAGGUCAUCAAGUGGAGGCCGUGUGACGAUUAUCUGGUGGUGGGCUGCUCCGACGGGUCCGUCUACGUCUGGCAGAUGGACACAGGAGCACUGGACCGCUGUGUGAUGGGUAUAACGGCAGUGGAGAUUCUGAACGCGUGUGACGAGGUGGUUCCCGCCGCUCUGGACUCCCUCAAUCACCCCGCGGUGAACCUGAAGCAGGCCAUGACCCGCCGCAGUCUGGCUGCGCUCAAGAACAUGGCCCAACACAAGCUGCAGACGCUCGCCACCAACCUGCUCGCGGCCGACAACGCCGACAAG